AUUUCCUUUUGUCCCUUCUUCACCGUGUAUUCCUUUAUAAACUACCAGCCCUGUUCUCCUCCUUCCAUCCCAAAAUCCUCAACCACAUAGCACAGCACAGCACAGCAACAUAGUCUCACAUCUCCCAACCUCUCCCACACUUCGAGUGACAACACUACACAAUUAUUGAAAUGGCAACAAAAGUGAUGGAAAUCGGAAUGACUCUGGUGGCAGUUCUCAUGGCCAUGCUCUGGGUAGGAGCCUCAGCUCAAUCCAGUUGCACUAAUGCUCUUGUUAGCAUGUCCCCAUGCCUCAACUACAUUACAGGGAACUCAUCAACUCCAUCUUCCUCAUGCUGCUCUCAGCUCGCCAGUGUUGUUAAGUCACAACCACAGUGUCUGUGCCAGGUCCUCAGCGGCGGAGGCUCUUCGUUGGGGAUCAACGUCAACCAGACCCAGGCACUUGCACUCCCUGGUGCCUGCAAUGUCCAAACUCCAUCUGUUAGCAAGUGCAAUGCUGCUUCAGCUUCACCAUCACCAACAGAAACACCAAGCACUCCAUCAUCAGGAACUGGAUCCAAGACUGUCCCAUCAACAGACGCAUCAUCAGAUGGAAGCAUUAGCAAAUUGUCAUUUUCUUUGCUGUUCUUCCUUCUCUUUGUUACAUCAUACUCUUCAACCUUCGCCAGCUUCUAAGUUCUGUUUCUACAUGUUUGGUCCUGUCACAGUUAGUAUGAUUCUUUAUGUAGUCUUGUUCUUUGGUUGAGUGGGAUUGUAUUAUUUAUUUU